AUGCCCAUCACCGAAGGCGCACCAAAGCAUGGCAAUCCAGCCAAUCUCCUGCCACCAUCAUGGAAGAAGAGCAUAACCCUCUGGCUUGAGGAAGACACUCCAAGCUUCGACUACGGCGGCUUCGUCGUUGGCGACGGACCGGCCGAGGCUCGACUGCUUGCGAAAAGCGCCGGCGUCAUCGCAGGCGUACCAUUCUUCGAUGAAGUCUUCAAGCAAUUGGACUGUACUGUCGAAUGGUUUGUAAAGGAAGGAGACGAGGUCGGAAGAGAGGCGAAGCAGCACGUCGCCACAGUGCGUGGACCUGUACGAUGCGUUCUGUUGGGUGAGAGAGUGGCUUUGAACCUUCUGGCAAGAUGUUCGGGCAUUGCGACCAAGGCACAUUCACUACUGCAGUUGCUGAGGAACGCGGGUUACAAGAACACACUGGCUGGCACGAGAAAGACAACGCCGGGUUUCAGGUUGGUGGAGAAGUACGGUAUGCUGGUUGGAGGCUGUGAUCCGCACAGGCAAGAUCUGAGUGCAAUGACAAUGCUGAAGGAUAACCACGUCUGGGCGUGUGGAGGAUCGAUACAUACUGCUGUAGCGGCUGCGAAGGCAUCAGGAGGCUUCGCGGUGAAAGUUGAGGUGGAGUGUCAGACAGAGGAAGAGGCAGAGACAGCCAUCAAGGCAGGUGCGGACGUGGUGAUGUUGGACAACUUCACGGCUGAUGGGGUUAGGGUGGCUUCAAAGAACCUCAAAGAUAGGUGGGGAAGAGGCACAAAUGCAAGGGCCCUGAUUGAGGUUUCAGGUGGCUUGACGGAGGAGAAUGUUGCGGACUACGUUUGCGAUGAUAUUGAUAUCAUCAGCUCGUCAAGCAUUCAUCAGGGAGUGAAGCAUGUAGAUUUCUCGUUGAAGGUGAUCCCGAAGGAGACGAAUGGGAAGCCGGGCAAUGGGGAGGCGGCGGGCACGUGA